CCAGCUUCCCCCACCCAAAUCCUCCGACUCCUCCUCUCGCUUCUUUCCUCUUGUCCCGUGGCCCGAACCGCCGUCGCCGCAGAGCUUCCCCGAGAAGAAGCGGGGGAGCCGGCCGCCGCCGUCGCCGCAGCACCGUCCCGCCACCGAGACCCGGCCGAUCGGGUUUGAUCCAUGGCGUCCAAGAGGAUCCUCAAGGAGCUGAAGGACCUGCAGAAGGACCCUCCCACGUCAUGCAGCGCAGGUCCUGUGGGUGAGGACAUGUUCCAUUGGCAGGCUACUAUCAUGGGCCCCUCGGACAGCCCAUUCACUGGUGGUUUAUUUUUAGUGAACAUUCAUUUUCCACCAGAUUACCCAUUCAAGCCACCGAAGGUAUCUUUCCGCACCAAGGUUUUCCACCCGAACAUCAACAGCAACGGCAGCAUUUGCCUUGACAUUCUUAAGGAGCAGUGGAGCCCGGCUCUGACCAUAUCAAAGGUCCUCCUGUCUAUCUGUUCGCUGCUGACGGACCCAAAUCCUGAUGACCCGCUGGUGCCUGAGAUCGCUCACAUGUACAAGACUGAUAGGGCCAAGUAUGAGUCCACGGCGCGCUCCUGGACCCAGAAGUAUGCCAUGGGCUAGAGCCUCGGAAGGGCAACUGGUGACCAUCGGCUGAACUGAAAACGUUAUCACCUAAAUAACCAGCCAAGUCUCUCCCCCGCAACGAAGUGAAUGGACUUUUAGGGGCCAUUGUGCCUUGUCGAACUCGUAUGAAUGUACCUGGUGAAGUCCGUUUGAGUCUGGUAGUCUGUUCUACCUGACAGUUUCGUUAUCGUAUUAAAUUGCUCCCUGAAUCGUAUGUAUGAUGUGUGCUGAUCUCUUGCCGUGCCUUGAUUAUGAGUUUGAUUACUGGAGAAA